AUGUCCUCGAGUAAUCCCAGUACUACUGCCAUCGAUGGCUCUUCAUCCACACCACAACCUCAGAAUUUCUCAAACCACGUGGAAAAUUUGGACCUUCGUUAUUUGUCUCUAGUGAAAUCUAUUGGAAAAAUUGCAAAAGAUGCCACCAAUCCAAAUACCAAUCAAGAUUCAAAUAUCGAAGAAUUGAAAAAGAAUUAUGAAAUGUUUGAAACCGCAUGCGAUAAUAUGUAUUUGUUUUUAGCAAAUGCCAAACAAGAUGCUAUUGUUUUGUCAUUGAAAAAACAACAGCAACAACAUCAUCAACAGUAA